UCCAUUAUCGGACGAUGGCAUGGAGAGAUUCGCGUGUCCUAAUGCCGAUCGAAUGGGAAGAUAUCGUUGCAUCGAUGAUCACGUGCUCUGUGACGGUUUUAUAGAUUGUCCAAUGGGAGAGGAUGAGGAUAGACAGGCGUGCAUGUUCUAUAAAACCACAAAAGCGCACCUCGAUGUACUGGCGGAUGCUUUACUGCGGUGGGCAAGAGGUCGUUAAUAAAACUGCAUUUAGAUUUUCACAUAUUGAUACACUACGUAUGGAUAUUCAAAAAGAAAAUGAUAAUGAUGAUGGAAACAAAGAGAUGGUUGCGAUUGCUCAAGUCCAAUCAUUUAUAAGCGUGAACAAUAAUUUUUUUUUUUUUUUU